CUGGCUGGGAGGGACGGACGGGGAGAGUGAGGCGCUGAGCAGAGAGCUGGCACUUGCUGGCUGUUGUGGGCUGGGCCGUUAGACCUGCAAGAGCACUGGGAGAGCGGGCGCGAUUGUCUGGGGCCGCCGGCCGCCCCCGCUUUCCCCUUCGAGCAGCUCCGUGGCAACAAAGCAACAUGGCUGGUUGGUAGCCCUGUGGGGCAUGAGACCCUAGAGCCUCCACCCCCAGCUUGGAGGGAUUGAGCACUCACAGAAGGGAAUGUUACGGUGGACAGUGCACUUAGAAGGUGGGCCACGGAGAGUAAACCACGCUGCUGUGGCUGUUGGACACAAAGUCUACUCUUUUGGUGGCUACUGUUCUGGUGAAGACUAUGAGACUCUGCGACAGAUCGAUGUUCAUGUGUUUAAUGCAGUCUCUCUACGUUGGACUAAGCUACCUCCAGUGUGGACCAACAGCAGGGACCAUGUGAGGGAAGUGCCCUACAUGAGAUACGGACAUUCUGCAGUGCUCAUUGAUGAUACCAUCUACAUCUGGGGAGGCCGCAAUGAUACUGAGGGAGCCUGCAAUGUACUAUAUGCCUUUGACGUCAGCACACAUAAAUGGUCCACACCAAAAGUGUCCGGAAUGGUACCAGGAGCAAGGGAUGGGCAUUCCGCUUGUGUCUUGGGAAAGAGCAUGUAUAUCUUUGGCGGAUACGAGCAACUGGCGGACUGUUUUUCAAAUGACAUUCACAAACUGGAUACCAGCAACAUGAUGUGGAGCCUGAUCGCUACUAAGGGCACCCCAGCUCGUUGGAGGGACUUCCAUUCAGCCACAAUAAUCGGGACAAAGAUGUAUGUGUUUGGGGGAAGAGCAGACCGCUUUGGGCCAUUCCACUCCAACAAUGAGAUCUACUGUAACCGAAUCAAAGUGUUUGACACAGAUACCAACUCUUGGCUGGACUCCCCUCCCACUCCAGUCCUCCCUGAAGGCAGAAGGAGCCACUCAGCAUUCGGCUAUAAUGGAGAGUUGUACAUAUUUGGGGGUUACAAUGCACGCCUCAACAGACACUUCCACGAUCUCUGGAAAUUUGAUCCAGUUUCUUUUACCUGGAAGAAAAUUGAUCCCAAAGGGAAAGGGCCAUGUCCUCGCCGCAGGCAAUGCUGCUGCAGGAUAGGGGACAAGAUCAUCCUUUUUGGAGGAACCAGCCCGUCCCCAGAGGAAGGCAUGGGAGAUGAAUUUGACCUGAUGGAUCACUCAGACUUGUACAUCUUGGACUUCAGUCCCAACUUAAAAACACUGUGUAAACUAGCAGUGAUCCAGUACAACCUGGACCAGUCCUGCCUCCCUCACGACAUUAGGUGGGAGCUCACAGCAAUGACAACAAACAGCAACAUCAGCCGGCCUAUCUUCUCCUCCCACGGAUAAUCUGGGCUCCUCUGCUCCCUCUCCCAGCUGCCCUCUCAAACCUUGCCUUGCAGAUGUCAUCUUCUGUCUCCCUUGCCGUGCAUGAAUGUUUAGCCUCUUCAGGAAACUCAUCAAAAGGGAUUGAUGCACUGCCCAGCACAAGGAAGGCUCCACUUGCCUGUCCUGUUGCUGCAUCUGUCCAACUUAUAACUUUGCCAGGACCUUGGCCUAAAGGUAGCGUGCAAACAGAAUCGGAUGUCACACUCCACGGAGAAGAAAGACGGGUGUGUUUUUACUCUUGCUGCUGGAAGCUACGGCUUGACAUCGAUGUACUGCUGUAGUACAAUUUGAAUGAAUAGCAACAAAAGGAAAGGGGAAAAUAUCUCAGGACUAACUGGCGUAAGACCAGGGCAUGCUUCAUAGGCUAUAGGAUUAAAGACAAAAACUGUUCAAGGCUCAGCUACUCCACAUCCCCAGCCAUUUUGAGUACCUGGCCCUUCUCCAUUAAACCAAGGGAUGAACUGGGUGCCUGAAGCCAUUAUGUCUGCACAGAGAAGCAUGCCUGGUCUUACACAUUUCAGAGCUUGACUGGGUUUGCCUCUCCCAGUGGUAUUCAGAGGAACUUCCUAUGAUACUCAAGCACUCAGUGCUGCUCCAUAGUAUGGAUUUCUGCAUGGUCAGAGUCUUCACUGGGUGAAGAAAGGAGAUGAUGACUCUGGCUAGGCAGUGAGUGAAGAACCAACAUUGUAUAAGACUGAGUAGAAUGGAGACUUUUCUGUGCCUGUUGCAGGAGGGGUCAGUGCAGGACCUGAAAUGCUGCUGCCGAGUUUGAUGUGUAAAAGCAGCAGCUUUGGAUUUAUAAACAGUCCUGGAGGAAAAAGCCAAACUGGUGGUUGUGUGUGUCGGUGCUUUUCAUAACUGGAGGAGGGGCGAGUGGGGGACCUAUGUGGGAGCUGUGGGCACACAGGCAGGAGUCCACAAUACAGAAUUGGUAUGGUAUAAUGGGGUUAGCCAGGUGGUUCUCAGUUAAAAUCUUGCUUUGUUCUUGGAUUUGGUUGGCAGGCCACUAUUUCUAACCUCAGUCCACAUCUGUAACAUGGGGACAAUACUUUCCUGACUUAUAGGGAGGAUGUUGUAAAGACUACAAAACUGCUGGAUAUAUGAUUAAGUAAAUGCUUAGUAUUACUAAAUCAGGCUUUAUGGUUAAUCUUAUUUUAUAAGAUUUUCUGCUAGCCAGGAUAAUCAGGAGCCUUAAAUUUACCUACCUCAGAUUUGGGGUGGAAAAUGAAAAGCUGAUGAUUUUGCUUCUGGUUUGAUUUAUCACUCUGUUUUCUCAUUCCCUUCUGCAUUCAUGAUAGCUUGAUGCCUGCUUUUACACACUGAAAGCUUAGUGUUGCUCCAAGAUUUGAAAAACAACCCAUGGUUAGCAAAAAGCAUCAGGAGUGGGGGGAGGGCAGAUCAUUGUACUGCUUGCUUUUUCUGUAUACAGAGCAACUCCAGAAAAACCCGAUGUAAUUAGCAACACAGUAAAAUGAUGGGUGUGUGUCUAUGUAUGCAUAGGUAUGUAAGGAAAAGAAAGUGGGAUGGAUCCUACCCUUUUCCUAUCACUCCACUGACCAAACUUUGAAGCUUUCCUCCAAUUUAAACAGCGUUUCCUCCAACAGAAGAACCACUGAAGUCGGAGAAAGAAUGGAUCCAUGCCAGGGUGUGUUCCGAAACUAUGAAGAACAGUACAGGAACCAUGGCUGUGGGACAAAUUUGACCUAAACCAAGUGUGUCUCCAAACUGGACCUAAACCAAGUGCUGUUUCCCAUGUUUUCCAUCUUGGCAAAGUCACCUAGACAGCAGUCUUAACCAGCAAUCCUACUCAGAAUCCUUUGUGUGUGUAAAGUGCCAUCAAGUUGCAACCGACUUAUGGUGACCUCACAGGGAUUUCAAG